AUGUAUCUCAAAAAGCAGUUGCUGGCUUUGGCCUCUCUAUCGUUCGCUUUGAGUGCAACUGCAAUUGAACCAGGCUUCCAUAUCGAAGAGGAAACUAGCACUGUUUUCAUCACUACAGUUCAUACGAUCACCUCGUGUGCUCCAACUAUAACGAACUGUCCUGCCUCUACAACCACUUCAGUCUACUCAACAAUCUCUACAACCACGAGAACUGUAUCUUCGACCUCUAAGCCGACGUCUUCAACCUCGAAGCCAGUGUCCUCAACCUCGAAGCCAGUGUAUUCAACCUCUAAGCCAGUAUCUUCAAAAUCUACGCCGGUGUAUUCAACCUCUAAGCCAGUAUCUUCAACCUCUAAGACUGGUGGCUACUGCCCCACCAUUACUGUGACGCAGGUUUCUAUAAGCACACUCACUGAAAUCACGACGCAAACAAGCACAACGACAUGUUAUGAGACUGAGACCGUCCAUGACACCACGACGGUGUAUGUCACUUACUCAAGUACUGCUACAGAGACUAUCACCGAUGAGGAAACAACAACCGCGACUGCGACUGCGACUGCGACUACCACUGAUACCGAGUAUUAUACUCAGACGGCGACGUCUGUUGUGACUACGUCCUAUGCUUCCUACGUAACGAUCUGCGCCGGGACACCCACCACUUAUGCCGCGUACCCUACCUCAGAUGUGAGAUGUGUAGUUUCAACCAAGUGGAACACCGUCACGGAGACGCAAAUUACGACAUACACUCUUCCAGUGACCACAACGGCAACAGAUACGGUCACUAAUACCGCAACGCUGACAACGACAACGACCUACAGCACUUUAGUACCGACAACUCUGACUGACACGAUCACAACAACGACCAUCUUGCCGACGACCAUUAUAAGUGAUCACACAAGCACCACGACGUCUUAUAUUACUAGCACAUUUACCACUGAGCUAACAUACAUAACAAGCGUGCCCACAACCAUCACUGACACUCUGACAACGACGACAACCUCGGUCUCGGUAUCUGAGACUACUACGACGUACACUACAUUGGUCCCUACGACUCUUACAGACACCGUGACCUAUACGACCGUGUCACCGACAACAUUGACAAUUGACCAUACCAGCACAACCAUAUCCUAUGUAACUGAUACCGUGACGACUACCUCGGUUUACACGACGAGUGUGCCUACAACGAUCAUUGAUACUGUGACCACAACAGAUACGGCUACAACGACUGAGAUAUCAGUUUCUGCCACUACUGCAACUUUAACAGACACCACAACUGCAACCAUAACUGACACGACAACAUACAUAACUCUUGUACCAACAACCGUCAUAUCGACGGUGAUCAGUACAACGAUCGUGCCUACUACUAUCAGUAUUGAUCAUACAAGCACGUUGACGUCUUACUUGACGUCAACUCUGACGAGUGUAUCAACUUACGUCACAAGUGUACCUGUUACAUUAACGCAAACCGCGACGACGACAACAACAGCGGUUUCAAUAGCUACAACUACAGCUAUCUCUGCCACUACUACCACGGAGGAGGAGACCUCUUACAUUACAUUGGUGUCAACUACUACAUAUGUGACUAUCUCAGUCAGCUCCGUCACAGACUCAGUUUUCAGUACCAGCACUUUCACGACUACAGAGGUGAUUACAACAACCCAGCCAGCUAUUACAAUCACUACUCAGUUGCCAGGCUCUCUUACCAUUUUACCAGGGUCAACAAUCACUUCCUUGGUAACCAUCACAGCAAGCGGAUCGACGUACACCACAACGGCUACGACCGUCGUUCCACCUGUUACUGUGACGGCUACCUCCACCUUAGUUUCAACAAGAGUUAUUACGGAUGUUAGUGUCUGUUCCGCUCCGUCCAAUGUCCCUGGACCAAUCAUUUCUGCGUACGAUGCAAAGUCCGAUCUCACUUGGGGUUGCAAACCAGGGUUUGUAUGUCGUCCACCGAAACCCAACGGCUGCAACGUCUGGGCAGAUCUUCCUGGAAAAGAAUAUGUCUGCGAAGCUCAGAACUGUGUUUCUGCCCCAGACUACCCUAUCGUAGUAUGGCCAGAAAAUGUCACAGGCUACUACUACCCGACUCUGGAAGAAUAUUACUACCUGAACCCCGAAGCGUUUGGUCUCAGCUAUGAUAUCUUCGAGGAGGAUGUUCGUGUGAUUAAGACCACCGAUAAAUAUGGACACAAGACGAAGACUACCAUUACCACUGGCAAUUGGGCAUCACAGACAUCAAUUACCGAGUUUCCAAUACCCACCACAACUACGUUGAGCAGUCACGGAUAUUCGGCCUACCCAACGUACAGAAAGCGAGAGACUGUUGUGUCACUUCAUCAACUAUCCAAGAGAGACGAUACCAUUCCUACCAUUUGUUAUCCACGAUGUAACCUUGCUGUCUUGGAAGCAGAGCGCGUUGGAAAGACUGUAGCUCUUUGUGCACCUGACUCGGCUUUCUUCAAGUAUUACAAUGAUUGCGACAACUGCAUUUCCAUCAACAAAAACAAUUCGAAACUCACGGAUUCGACAUACCUUGACAGCACGUUUGGGCAGUAUAUAGGCUAUUGUGAGGCAACCAAUACUACCAAUCCAGUCACAUCAUCUGCGGAAGGCGAGAGCCCAACCAGUGUUCCCAUUACCAGUGUUGGUCAAUCGUCACCCAUCACCAGCGCCACGAUCGUACCAAUUACCACCACAGCCUCAACAUCAUCACCGACUUCCUCGACGUCAGCCACUACUAGUAGCUCUUCUAACAGCACUGGUGUGCCCGGCAGCACAAGCGCCUCGUCAAUCUCGACGACUACAACGGUAUCGUCGAGUGUUUCUAGUGCUACGACUGUCUCCUCGAGCGUUUCUAGUGCUACGACUGACUCACCAGGAACAUCUUCAGUGGCCUCGAGCAGUACAACGGCACGCUCCAGCAGCUCUUCUGCCGGAUCGGGGAUUUCAUCUGGUGCAUCCGUGGGAAGCACCACCAGCACAGUUAGUUCUCCUAGUAGCGCCACAAGUGUUGAUGGUUCCGGAAGUGAGAGCUCGAGCACUACAAGUUCUGGACGCACAACAUCGUCCACGCAAGCUAUCACAGGGUCGGCCACGGGCAGCGGUGGUAGCGGAAGCACUGUCCCCACAUCUACGACGCCAACCACGAGCGUAGGAUCAUCCACAGGAGGCUCGGCGACCAGCAGUAGCAGUUCAGCAACCACGACAGUGGCUCAAGCUGCUGCGUCACGUCUGUCUAUAGCGGCCGGCUCAAGCUCGUUGAUCUUCGCCAUCAUGGCAGUUGUUUUUGGCCUUUAA